AUGGACCCGGAACAACUUAGCAGGACUUUAGACCUGUUGGUAGGUCAAAUGGGCGCGAUUAGUCAGCAACUUAAGGAAAACCAGUCUGACCUAGCGGAACUUCGGCGACAGACAACUGAUAGGUUCGAUAACCUAGAACGAGGUAGGAACCAAGCUCCCCUUUACACGCCUUCUAGACCACCUUCCAUGUAUGGGGAUGAUACUUUUCAAGAUGAUGGGCCCCCACGUGCCCCUUAUCGAAAUCCUCAUUACAUACACGACACCAACCAUGACCCCGACAUUCACUUGAUGAAGAAUAUCAAGGUAGAAGCACCCACUUUCGAUGGCACCUUAGAUCCACAACUCUUCCUUGAUUGGAUCAAAGGUAUGGAUAGCUUCUUCAAGUGGUAUAACAUUUCUGAAGCCAGAAAGGUUAGGUUCGCGGAGAUGAAGCUUAUUGGUAGGGCUAGCCAAUUCUGGUCGAACUUAGAAAGUCUUAGGGAGUCCCGCAACGAGUACCCCAUUACUGAUUGGGCGUCCAUGAAACGUGAACUUAAACAGAAGUACCUACCUCCUUAUUUCCCUAGACUCCUUGACAGGUGGAACCGACUUACCCAAGGAAGCAAACCCGUUAAGGAUUACAUUGCAUCCUUCGAUGAUUACCUGAUUCGUUGCAAAGGGGAGACCUCAACCACCCCCGCGCAAAUUUUGUCGAUGUUUCGUACCGGACUGCGGGAAGAUUUACGCAACGAACUUUUUGCCCGGAAUAUCACUACUCUGGAGAACGCCUACAGCCUAGUGCUUGAUCUAGAGGAGUCCCGUUCUCAGCAUCCGAGUCGAUCUCAUGACUCUAGACCUUCGUAUAGAUCAGCCGGUAGUUCCACCUCGCACCCUCCUGUUUCACGACCUACUCCGGGGAGCACGACCCGACCACCCACGGGUCCACCUGCACUUAGAUCUGACUCUAGAAGUAAGCCUCCUACCACGGAUGCCCCUCGGCCCAGUCCCGGAACCAAGUGUUUUCGAUGCCAGGGGUAUGGGCAUAUCGCUUCUCAGUGCUCCAGUCCUUACAAGGUUUCGAUCGUUGAGGAAGUAACUGAGGACGAUCUCGAGCCCGAGGUUGAUCAGGUCCACCAAGUGGAGGAAGAAGGCGAAUACUUCGAGGAGGACGACGACACUACGGUCCUCAGUUGCCUUCGACAGCCGGAUACCUCUCCCAUCUGCGUGGUGAGAUGUGCACUAUCACACCCGACACCCACUGAUGACUGGCGUAGGACCACAAUUUUCCAUACCUACACCAAAAUCAAAGACAAAAACUGUAAAGUCAUAGUGGAUAGUGGUAGUUGCAUCAAUGCUAUUUCCUCCAGCAUGGUAACUCAGUUAGGUCUGUCUGUCGUUCCUCACCCCAACCCUUAUAAGGUAUCGUGGGUCAACUCCAAUGCCUUGGAGGUGAAGGAACGAAGCCACCUACCCGUCUCCUUUGCCUCUUAUAAGGAGAAUGUCUGGUGCGAUGUGUUGACCAUGAAUGUUGGACAAAUUUUGCUAGGUCGCCCCUGGAUCUACGAUAACGAUGUCCACAUUUAUGGUCGUUCAAACACCUGUGUGUUUGAACAUGUGGGCAAAAAGAUUAAGCUCUUGCCAUCUCAACCCCGGGUUACGGAUCCCACGAAAUCCAACCCAACCAAAUCCAAAAAGGGCGUGAACCUUGUCACCGCCAAGGUUCUAAUUACUGAAGUUUCCCAAGGCGCCCCUUUAUUUGCCUUAGUUGGCCGUGAGAUUUCCACUGAAUCGGACGAGCCCAUUCCUGAGGAGGUACAGCCAAUUUUAGGACAGUAUGCUGAUGUCUUUCCCAAUGAUCUCCCAGAUCAGUUACCACCGCUUAGAGACAUUCAGCAUGCUAUAGACUUCGUCCCUGGAGCCUCCCUACCUAACCUGCCCCACUACCGCAUGAACCCCUCGGAACAUGCCGAGCUUAAGAAGCAGGUUGACGAGUUACUGCAGCGAGGUUUCAUUAAGGAGAGUCUUAGUCCCUGUGCAGUACCGGCCCUUCUCACACCUAAGAAGAACGAAACUUGGAGAAUGUGUAUUGAUAGCUGUGCUAUCAACAAGAUCACCGUCAAAUAUCAAUUCCCUAUUCCGAGACUCGACGACAUGCUCGAUAUGAUGACGGGUGCAACUUUAUUCUCCAAAAUUGAUCUUAAGAGUGGAUACCACCAGAUCCGGAUAUGA